UUGACCUUAGUGAGUGAGCUCUGAUCGGUGUAAAUCUGUGUGCUGAAACAUUUUAGGUCAAUGGUAAACCAUGACAGAGGUAACAAUCACUCUACUUACGGGUCAGCAGAUGCCAGCAGUUGGUCUAGGAACAUGGAGAAGUGACCCAGGACAGGUUAAGCAGGCGGUGCUGACAGCUCUAGACUGUGCCUACAGACACAUCGACUGCGCAGCUGCUUACGGCAAUGAGCGAGAGGUUGGGGAAGCCCUUACUGAACGAGUUGGACCUGGAAAGCCUCUGAGACGAGAAGACGUUUUUGUGACCUCAAAGUUGUGGAACACCAAACACCAUCCAGAUGAUGUGGAAGAGGCCUGUAAGAAAUCUUUGUCAGAUCUGGGACUCAGUUACUUAGAUCUGUACCUCAUGCACUGGCCAAUGGCCUUUCAGAGAGGAGAUGAGCUGAUGCCCAAGCGACCUGAUGGAACAAUUUAUUAUGAUGACACUCAUUACAGAGACACAUGGGCAGCCAUGGAGAAGCUAGUUGACCAGGGGCUGGUAAAAGCAAUUGGUCUUUCAAAUUUCAACGCAAGACAGAUUGACGACAUUCUCAGCAUUGCCAAACACAAGCCAGUGCUCAACCAGGUGGAGUGCCAUCCAUACCUAAUCCAGACUCAGCUAAUAACCUACUGUAGGAGUCGAGGACUGGCAGUAACAGCCUAUAGUCCUCUAGGUUCUCCUGAUCGGCCUUGGUACACACCUGGUGAGCCCUGUCUGCUGGAUGACCCAAGGGUUGUCAAUAUGGCUAAACACUAUAACAAGACCUCCGCACAGGUCAUCAUCAGAUGGCAUUUACAGAGGGGUGUCGUUUGCAUUCCCAAAAGUAUCAACCCAUCCAGGAUCAAACAAAAUAUUGAGGUGUUUGAUUUUAAAUUAUCUGAUGAAGACAUGAGGCUUAUUGAAUCCUUUAACAAGAACAAGAGGCUCAUUAUACCAACUAUAGAGAAAAAUGGAAAGGUUUGGAGAGAUGCCAACCAUCAACAUUUUCCAUUUCAUGACCCAUAUUAACUUUAUUUACAAAAGAAAAAAACCUGUAAACCAAUUAAACUUUCUAGAGUUUGCACCUUUAACAUCAAAUUCAUAAAAAGUUGCAUAUUAAACUUGUCAAUUGUUUCAUGGACAAUUAUGUUGUAUGACAAUGAAUAGAUCACUGAUAGUCAUGUUUGAAACAAUCAACAAAUUUUAAAAAUCAAGUUCGAUUACAAAACAAAAGAUCAAGAACAACGACCAUAAGCCAAACUCUUAACAGUUGUUAUAAUGCAAGUUAGGAUGUUUGUAGAUAAACUUAAACAAAACAUUACAAAGUUGGGUCCAUUUCGUCAAUUUUAUUUAACAUUUUUCAAACUUGUAAUACAUUAUAUGCUACAUUCAUUAAAAAAAUGAAGUCAUUA